GUAGUCUUCUUAGCUUGAUUGAGAGACAUCGCUUAUUACUUUAGUUUUUCUUUACUUCUGACUACUACAGACUUUCUAUCAACGUUAUGGUUCUUUGCUUUAAACUUUCUUAAACAUGCGGAUAUUAGCGGGCCAUAAAUGUUAUUCGAUCAAUCGGAUAUUUUAAAGUAUCAUGCAAAAUAUAGAUGCUUCUAUAAAAUUGAUUUUCUAUCAGAAACUUUGACACAUGAAAAAUCCCCUCUGUUUGACUUCGGCAUAAUCUCUUAUUACACAAUAAAGAGAAGUUCUUAUUACAUUCCUUUUCUCUGAAGCUUAUGCUUUUUAAUUUACCUCGAUUGAUCUUCUGAUUCUUUUUAGAAACCAGUUACUCCUCAACCACCAAUGGUAAUUGAGGAAAACGAUAUUAAAAUCUACGUGGAUUGGACCUUCAUUUGCUCAUCGAAUUCUAUGGAACAAUCUUUGGCUUUAGUUGUUGGUUUAUAUUGUUUGAUGAAUCUUACGUUUCCAACGUAUCGUACUGUUGUUAGAUUUUUAUAUGUUUAUUUCAUGAAUGAUAAGCAACAACAAUCAAAUGUCAUUCGAAAAUUUUGUAAAGUAUACAACAUUCAACUUCAAGAUAAUCCUUCAUCAUCAAAUGCUGCAUUACUGGAAGAAACAAAAAUUAAUGAUACGUAUUUAAAUGAUAGACGUGAAAACAAUGAAGAACAAAAUAUAUCUUUUGAACUUCAAACGACAACAUCAAUUCAACCAACAUCGAUGGAAUCAACAUCACAUGAAUCAACAUCAAUUGAUUCAAUAUCAACUGAGUCAAUAUCAACAGAAUCAAUAUCAAUGGAACCAAUAUCAAUAGAAUCAACGUCAACAGAAUCAACAUCAAUGGAACCAAUACCAACUGAACCAAAACGAAUUGAACCAACAACAUGUGAAAAACCAACAGCAUUUCAACAACAAUCAAAUCGUAAACGCAAAGCAGAAGAAAAACAUGAUUAUGAGCAACUGUCUCUGGAGAUUGAUGCAUCGAAACAAAAAAUAACGAGAAAUCUCCGACCAAAACGACACAGACAAUAA